AUGGGGAGAAAUUACAAUGAAGCAAUAAUAGAUCAAAGGCCAAGAACGAAGCACAACAAAAUUAGUAGCAACGAGGAGCAGCGAACGAAGAAGCAAAAGGCAGCAUUUGCACCGUAUAUCGAUUCUUUGCCGGCUGAUAAGAUGUCAAUUAUUGUGAUGCAUAAGAUGAUGGCUUUGUUGAUGACUGUGAAAGAGGACAUGUCUGUUCGGGUUGUUCAAGCUGCGGUUUGGAUUGGUGUGGCAAUUGAGCAGGAGGUUAGAAUUCAUAGUUUCUUGGAGAAAACUAAGAUGUACCAGAGAAAGAAGAUUGUAGCUCCAACUGAAGAAAGCUUUCGUAAGGAUGUUGAGAUACGAAGGAAACGUGUAAAAAGUUUGAUCAGAAGAAGAAAGAUACUUGAGGUGCAAAAGCUGGUGAAAGAUGAAGAAAUUAAGCCUUGGGGUCGUGACACAUAGGCUAAGCUAGGAUGUCGUCUGAUAGAAUUAUUAACUGAAACAGCUUAUGUACAGCCUCCAGUCAACCAGUUAGCAGAUAGUCCACCUGAUAUUCGACCUGCAUUUAGGCACUUAUUUAGAAUUUCAAACGAUCCUGGGCAGAAAGUUGUUAAGAGGUAUGGAGUUAUAGAAUGUGAUCCCCUAGUCCUUGCAGGACUUGAUAGAACUGUUAAGCAUAUGAUCAUUCCUUAUGUGCCAAUGUUGGUGCCUCCAAAAAAUGGAAAGGUGGAAUUGCACACCAAUGGUGUUGAUUAUCACCAUCAGAUCCAUCUCAACUCACCACUCGAUUUGACUCUUGUGGGAUGGGUGGAGCGUUUCACGGUUAGGGUUAGAGGAGUUGCAUUUUUCUUGAAAGAGAUUGUGGUGGUGGAUGGUUCAUGCAAUGGCCUACAGCACUAUGCAGCCUUGGGAAGAGAUGCUUUGGAAGCAGCUGCUGUCAACUUAGUUGCUGGAGAGAAACCUGCUGAUGUUUAUUCCGAAAUUGCUGCAAGGGUUCAUGAUAUCAUGGUAAGGGACAGCAAUAAGGAUCCUGCAACUAGUCCAAAUGCUUUAUUAGCCAAGCUCUUAAUUGGACAGGUGGAUAGGAAACUAGUGAAACAGACAGUGAUGACUUCAGUAUAUGGCGUUACUUAUGUUGGUGCACGAGAGCAGAUCAAAAGGAGAUUAGAGGAGAAGGGUCAAAUUACUGAUGAUGGCCUACUUUUUAAUGCAGCUUGCUAUGCUGCUAAAGUGACAAUGUCUGCCCUUGGAGAAAUAUUCGAAGCUGCACGUGCCAUAAUGGGUUGGCUUGGUGAUUGUGCAAAGAUUAUUGCUUUAGAAAAUCAACCAGUGCGUUGGACAACUCCUCUAGGUCUUCCUGUUGUGCAACCCUACUUUAAAACUGAACGGCAUGUUAUAAGAACUUCUCUUCAGGUGUUGGCUUUGCAGCGUGAGGGUGACUCUGUUGAGGUUAGGAAACAGAGAACAACAUUUCCUCCGAAUUUUGUGCACUCACUUGAUGGUUCACACAUGAUGAUGACUGCUGUUGCAUGCAGGGAUGCUGGAUUACGUUUUGCAGGGGUGCAUGACUCUUUCUGGACGCAUGCAUGUGACGUUGAUAGGAUGAAUCGGAUCAUCAGGGAAAAGUUUGUGGAGCUUUAUAGAACAUCAAUACUUGAAGAUUUGCUUGAAAGCUUCCAGAGAUCAUAUCCAGAGUUGACAUUUCCUCCCCUCCCAGAAAGAGGCGACUUCGACUUGCAACAAGUUCUCUAUUCUCCAUACUUCUUCAACUAACCUCGUCCACAUAUAUUUCUAUCAUUUGAGUCUUCAGAAAAGUAUCAAAAACAUGGUUGAAGUGGGAUCCCCAGGAACAUGGGUGGAACUUAAGACCACAUUUACAGUGAGAAGUGAAAGCUCGGGUUUGCUCCUAUGAAGGCCUAGUCCUGUGCUGUCG